AUGCGUGGUGAAUGGAAUGGAUUGCAAGUUCUAGUUUUGAAAGAUUGCCCUUUUGCUUAUUACAUUCAUUGUCUUGCUCAUCGAUUACAAUUAGCACUUGUUUCUGCAGCCAAAGAAGUUUGUUAUGUUCAUCAAUUCUUUUCAAAACUUACACUAAUUGUGAAUGUUGUGACUGUUUCUCCUAAACGUCAUGAUCAGUUAAGGGUUGCUCAAGCAAAUAAUGCUGCAAACUUAAUUGCCAAUGAUCAAAUUGUGACAGGUAGUGGACUUAAUCAAAUUGUUCUUGAAAAAAGCACCGAAGAAGGUAAUUUCUCCACUCGUGGUGAUGCUAGUGCUGUUUAUGAUGCUAUCACAUCCUUUGAAUUUGUCUUUGUUUUGCAUUUGAUGAGAAAUAUUUUGGAAACUUUAAUCCAAAGAAUGAGAGAAUCAAGUUGGGAGGCUUUUAUAAAAGAAGUUAUAUUAUUUUGUGAGAAACAUGAAGUUGAAGUUCCUGAUAUGAAUGCAUUGCAUAUUCCUAGAAGAGGUCGAACUCGCAAAAUUGUUGAUCAAAUUUCAGUAGAGCAUUAUUACCGUGUUAAUUUAUUUCUAGCUGUAAUUGAUACACAAUUUCAAGAGCUUAAUGAAAGAUUCAAUGAUAAUAUGGUGAAAUUGCUUACUUUAAGCUCAACUUUAGAUCCCAGAGAUAAUUAUAAGUUCUUCAGUGUCAACAAAGUAUGUGAAUUAGUAGAACAGUUUUAUCCAGGUGACUUCAGUGACCAAGAGAAAUUUCACAUUAGAAUGCAAGCUCAACAUUAUGAACUUGAUGUUCCUAAUCAUGUUGAAUUAACUAACUUGUGCACAAUUUCGGAGUUAUGUCAAGGAUUAACGAAGACAGGAAAGUCUUUAACAUAUCCUUUAAUUGAUCGUUUGAUUCGCUUGGUAUUAACUCUCCCUGUUUCAACUGCUACAACUGAGAGAUAUUUCUCAGCUAUGAAUAUUGUGAAGAAUAGACUCAGAAACAAAAUGGAAGAUGAAUUGCUUGCUAAUUGUCUUUUGAUUUACAUUGAGAAGAAGAUUGCUGAAAGAUUUGACACAGAUUCUAUUAUCAAUGAAUUUUAUGAUAUGAAGAAUCGACGUGUACCACUUCGUUAG